AUAGAUGAUAUUGAUGGCCUUGGCAUUGUUUUCCACUUUCUUGAUGUCUUGUGCAUCAUACUCGUUCUCGGUCUUAGGAACGUUGGUUUCCCCGACCUUCUUCAUUGGCACGUCUUCACCAUUCUUGAUAAUUCUCCAAAGGAGAAAAUUGGUGGAUUGGAUGUAAAUCCUCAUCCGCUCCUUCCAAUAGGUGUAGUUCUUAAAGAUGGCCUGAGUGGUAAUUCACAGACAAUAAUGAUCGCAACCAUAUCUCCAGUCGAUAAUCAGUAUCACCAUACUGUCAAUACGUUGAAGUAUGCUCACCGAGCAAAGGAAAUUAAAACUCAUAUCCAGGAAAAUGUUGGCACACUUAACACCAAUGUUUCAGACUACCAAAGAAUGAUUGAUAGUCUUCAA